GACCCAGCGGUUCAUUCAUCUUCUUCCACGGAGAGAGAAGGAAAGAGAGAGCUGAGUGAACUCGGGAGUCUGCUUUACAUGAGGGACGAACCGUUCGAGAGGAAAAUACUGCCGUGACGUCGAGCCGGGAAGCACUUUCCUCGCGUCAGAAGGAGCUGAAUUUUUCCCUCAAACACAACAGGAGAGGUGAGGCAUCAUGGGGAAACACAACAGCAAGCUGGCACCGGAGGUCCUGGACGACCUGACCAAGAGCACGGAGUUCAACGAGGCAGAGCUCAAGCAGUGGUACAAAGGCUUCCUCAAAGACUGCCCCUCGGGCAUUCUCAACCUGGAGGAGUUCCAGCAACUCUACGUUAAGUUUUUUCCGUACGGUGACGCAUCAAAAUUCGCCCAGCACGCCUUCCGCACGUUUGACAAGAAUGGCGACGGAACCAUCGACUUCAGGGAGUUCAUCUGCGCUCUGUCCAUCACCUCCAGGGGAAGCUUUGAACAGAAACUCAACUGGGCCUUCAACAUGUACGACCUGGACGGAGACGGAAAGAUCACACGCAUGGAGAUGCUGGAGAUCAUCGAGGCCAUCUACAAGAUGGUUGGCACGGUCAUCAUGAUGCGCAUGAACGAGGAUGGGCUGACGCCUCAGCAGCGCGUCGACAAGAUCUUCUCCAAGAUGGACAAGGACCACAACGACGAGAUCACCCUGGAGGAGUUCAAAGAGGCGGCCAAGUCCGACCCUUCCAUCGUCUUACUUCUGCAGUGUGACAUGCAGAAGUAGAAGGGGAGGGGAAGGGCAAGAAAAGAAGGGAGUGAAGGGAUGAGGGGGUGAACUGAAGCUAGGGAAGUUAGGAGGUCGAGAAACGACAGGGAGGGAUGCAGUCCUACAGGAGGAGGAGGAAGAGGCAUUGACGAUUGAUUGACGCCAUUCCAUUUAUUCCCCACUCUGCGUUACUCUAGACGGGAGGCUUGACAAAUUCAGUCAGAUGGUUUGUGAAAAGUGGAAUUCCCUCCUGCUGCAUUUGGUGCAUAGCAGAGCAGCAUGGUGUUACUCGUGCUUUCGCACUGUAUUGGGCGUGAGAUCACAAGGCUGCGGGGUAACAGCAGUGUUGAGAUCAGCUAUCUGACAGAGAGUGCUAUUUUAUAUUCAUGGAAUAACAGACAUUUUAUCUUAUUAUUGCCUUCAGUACUGAAGACUGGAGGUACAGUAUACACACUGGUUUGGUCAGACCAUGCCAGCACUGGUUUAGAUUUUUCCCUAGCCAAGUUCCCAGCUGCUUCCAGGGAGAGUUUUUCUGGCAGAUUAUGACUAGAUGUCCACCAGCUAAACACCAGGCUGGCAGCUGAUGAAACGUGUCACCCGGCUGCCUCCAGCGGCAUGGCCAGGCAUACUGAUGUGCUCCUCAGUCACUUCUUAGCUGCGCCCACAGCUUUGAUAACAAAAAUCAAUAUUUUGUCAAAGGAGUUUGUAAUCUGGUUAAUGCCGAGACUUGUUCUGCUUGUGACGCAACCCAAGCUUUUGUUCUUCAGUCUCUCUGAUCUGCAAAAUGUAUGUCGAACCCUGCAAACCCCGCAGUCUUUCGUCAGUAAAACCACUUGUUUGAGCAACAAGAGGAGGCACUUGACCAUCUCGGCGCGGGAAUAAUCACAGUUGUAAUUAUAGAUCUUAUGACAGAAUGGUAUUUCUGAGAAAGGCCAAACCUGCUACGGUGAUUCACCGUUGUUUCACAUUAAAUAGCCGUCUCUCCUCUUCCUCUGCCUGCGUCCUGCUGCUGCCCCGUUUUUUUUCUUUCUUCCUCCCUAAAUGUCAGAGAGGAAGCGCUUUGAUAAUAGGUAAAGGGAGAGGAACUUUGCUCAGAUCUACAAUCGAUGAGAAACGGAGCAAAGGGUUGAAGAGGUAGCUCAGGCGUUGUGUGUCAUCUGCGGUAAGCUAGAUGAACGAAAAAAACAGGAUGAUUUAGCUACAUAUUUGCAUUAAACACUCAGAAAUACACAAAAAAAACAACUGGUGACCGUUUACCCAAGAUCCACAUCAACCUAGAAUAGACAAUCUCAGAGAUGUAUGGUUAUACCAGUCUGACUCUACUUUAAAGUUGGCCUUCCUACGCAGGAUUAUAGUUUUAGCAAUGACAUCGGAGGAAGUAAACAAAGUCGUUCAGUCAGUGUUUGCCACACUUCCACAUAUUGAACAAUUAAAGUCACCGCAAGAGGAAUGUUUAAGACAUUUUAUUGCUGACAAUGUCUUGGCCCCACUCCUCAUGGGGUUGCUUGCAGAGCAUGCAACUUCCAGUUUGCUUCAUUGAACUGGCACCUUCCAAACAUUAGUGAUUGGGUAAAAUGGGAUCCAGUCGUUUAAAACAUCAACUGAAUCCACACCUGCAGAAAGCAAUCGUUUGUUAAUAGCCAAGGGUUCAGACCCCUCCAAGUGUCUACAUGCCACUCGCCAAUGACAUUUUGGAUGCUGCAGUAUGUGCAGUGCGACUGGUAGGAUGUCCCAGAAAGACACACUUUUGUUCCUGACUUGACUCAUACAGUUUCAUGAGUCAAGUCUCUUGUUCUAAUUGGAAGCAUUCUAAUAAGGUUGGAGCUCCCCCACAUAACACCACCAGGCAAGAAGGCAAAGCAUUCUUUAAAGUUCUUGCUCUAUCAACAUCGAAAUAAAAUGAAAACAUAAACUUAGCAUGUCCACACAGUUGGGGGUGCAAUCACACACAUAGCACAAAUAAAAGACAUGAGGAAGUUGAGUUUCAUCAUGGUCUCAUACCAGUUAUUUUAUAUGGGUGGUUUGUUGGUUUGUCUUGAAGACUGGGAAUUACAGUUGUCUGUAAGUAAUGUAAAAACCUGAUUAUGUCAGCGAGAAUGUAUCAGAGAUAUCCAUGGUAAACACUACAUUUGUGUCCAAAGUAAAGACGAUGAUCUCCUCCUCCACUGCAGACGCUCCCUCCCUGGUCGUUCAGAAAGAGCCUCUACAUGUACAUUAUUAUAAUACGAGUGUAAUCGUAUUUAUGAAUAUAAACAAAUAUAAGAUGUAAAUGUACGGAUAGUGUAGACCUGAUUUCAUUUUACAACACUGCUAUUGAGAGAGAAAGAGUGCAUCUGUCUGUGUCUGAGUAAUACUGAACCGACAUCAGAGCUCUGUGUGUGUGUAUGCGCGUGUGUGCGCCCGCGCGCCUGUUUGUGUGUGCGCAUUUAGGGGGUUACUGUUUGAGUGUUCAGUGUUUUGUAUUUGUAUCAUUUGUGUAACAAGAGAUGCCUCAGUCUAGUUUCACUUUGUAACAAUGUGAAUGUGACCUCCACUCUGAAGCACUGAGUAUUAUUACCCUAACAUGUUUGCUUUUGUGAUCUGCUGGUAUACAUGAUGUACAAUCUGCCCCAUGAAGCAGCUUACUGUCGCAGUGCUACAAGUGCUAAGCUUAUACAAUGGUUAGCUUGCCCCAAACAGCAGAGCUGACAAGUUUGUUAUCUAGCUUGGAGGAGAUGGAAGUGAUAAAGAAGCAGUGCUGUGUCACAGUGCCACCUAGUGGUUGGAAGAAAAUUGUCACGUCUGGAAACAGUUCAGUUGCUGCAUGUUCCCUGUUUCAGUACAUGAUAAACCGCCUUGGAGAUCAAGGUGAGGAGACUGUCUUACAGAACUAACAGCCAUAUUUAUUCCCCUUAAAAUUACGGUAUGAACAAUUUACAUGGUUAAUGUUGGUAAAAUAAGGCCCAAUGUGAAAAAAAUGUAAAGCUACAUAUUUGGGGGGGGGAAAUGUAAUUGACUUAACAUUUUUUAAUUUUUGCAUGAAAAAGGCUGAAAAAAAGUCAAACUCAUUGGCCAAUUUUUCAGCAUUACCUUCUAAUCAAAUUAAGAAAAAGCGACUCAGAGAAAUCUUUGUCAACUAAACUACAACCCCUUUUAACGUUACGACUGAUUUAAGGCUCUAUUGUGGUUUUAGCGGUUACAGAGAGCAUCUGUCAACAGCAGGCGAUUCUUCUAACUAUCCAAACAGAAAAAUUGUUGGCUUCAUCUAAGUGUUUAUGGAGGUUGGACUGAAGCAUCUUCAAUUUACCUACUUGGUAAGCUAAAAGUUUACUUAAGAUACGUUUUAUUUCCUGGCAUUUAGCGAGGUGUGAUUUACACCAGGAUGCUGUUAGUUGUUUACACAAAAGUUUUCCCACUUUAGAACCAUUUGUAAAUUAGUGAGCAGUUUUUCUUUCUUUUUUUUUGUUAAGCAAUAACCUCACAUUCCCAUCAAAUCUUAUUCCUCUCUGCUUUGUGUAUUUUUUGUGGCAGGAGCACAGCACCACAUGUAGGCCUGGCAACAUUUAGGAUUAUUAUUUGUUAUUCACGCGUGAAAAAACAAAAGAAAAGAAAAAAGAGACACUUCUAGAAAUUACGCCGUGUUUGCGAGGGACUUCUAAGAAUGACAUUUUCUAGGAAAGAAAAACAGUUUUUAUGGUUAUUAGGUAUUUAGAUAAAUAUUUCUUUAAAAAUCAGACAGCUUAAUUUAUUAUCCUACUUAGUUUUCUCUUACCAAAAUUUCAAAUCCCUGUUCAGAUCAGUUGAGUUGCAUAUUAACAUUUUCAGGACAGUUUUGAGUACCGCAGAUGUGUAUACAACGAUAACCAGAAGUGCAAAUUUACAGUACAGUUUUAAGGUAUUUGUUAGAAGCAGUCAGUACUCGAUGUGUGUUGUACAUCAGUUCAAAUCCAGAUUAGGUGGCGUGGAGGCUAAAGUUAAUGGGCUAAUCUGAGAGGAGCCAAGUCCCAGGCUGACUUUCACCUUCAAGAUAAAACCGUAGUCUCAAAAACAUCAAGAAUGUUUAUGUGAAUGCUUUUUACGAGCAUUUAAAUUAUCAACAGAUUUGCUUUAACUGGAAUUUACAAAACAAAUAUGAUCAUUUGUGCAGAAAGUGGAGGUUGGAGGCUGUGCACCACCAAUAAUCUUCUGGGGAAACGUAUACUGAGAACAGAAGAUAUUCAUUUUCAUAUUUAAAAAAAUAAAUAAAAUGGCAUCAGCUACUAUUGUAAUAUUUAGCAUUUUGUUUCUUUACUUUUAUCUCAGAAAGUUAUUCUGUCCGAAAAUGCUAGCAAGAAUCAAACAAAGCAAAAUAACUGAUGGCGCACUGCCUUCCACCUACGUUUUCCAUUAAAUAAUCAUUGCUACUGUAAUCAAAAGACAAACAUGGAGAUAGUUUAAAGGCUCUGUUAAUACUAAACACAUGAGCAUGACAGUGUCACUCGAAGCAUGAUAUAAUUGCUGCUUUCGCUUUUGUCUGCUAAUACACCUGCCUGUAUUAUUCGUUUAUACAAUUUACCUUCGCAUUAAAUAUUCUAGGAAACCGAUCUGGCCGACAAACUAAGAUGAACUCAGCGACUGAGGUGGUGUUAUUGUUUUCUGGUCCCUCUGCCUUGCCGCCUCCCUUUGUGCUGUUUUGACUUCCGACAUCAUUGCUAUGUGAUGUUACAUCACUAAUUGUGAUGUAACAUCACGGUUAGUCAUCCAAUUUCACAUGUGCCGGUUUGCUGUAAAACGCUCUGAUUGGAACAGACCGGACAGAUCUACAAUGUUUCUGUCUUCGCUCUGUUGUAUUGAUUAGGCUUCAUCCAUUCUAAUUAAGAUGUGUGUACACACACACACACACACACACACAGCUGCAGUUCAUGUGGCAGUUUUCAUUUGACUAAUGUUCAGAAUGUUGGUGAGAAAAGUCCACCUCUCGUGUGCCAACGAUGGGAGAGGGAUUGACCGACUGUGUGGAGCUUAUUGUGAAUUGCUGAUGUACUUGUUACAUGUGAUGCGGUUCUAAACGGGCACCUUAACCUCUGUGACAUGAAUACCAACAUAGGUUGUUAUUUUUUUUUGGUUUUUUUAACUUUUCUUCUUAGCAGGGAAUCAUGUCCGCGCUGUUGUUCAAUAUGACUAUACUCUUCAACCUCUCUAUGAUGUUUAUGUAAAUCUGUCUGUGUGUCCUUUUCACUUUUAUUUUGAAAUUUUAUUAGAGUCCUAGAACAACAAGAACAAAAAAAAAAAAACAUUGUAAUUAUUUUUGUUACAUAGAAUAAAACAAAUGUCAAGAGUGA